ACAUUUCCGAAACAACAACGAAAUUUCUCGUCUAACAGUAAAUACAACAAAAUGGCGCUACGAUUGCGUCGAGAUGUCCAGAAGGCUUCAUACUAUGUCUGGUUUCUAGGAGCAGAAGAAGCCAAAGGCUUACGUGGAAAUCGAGUCAUAAAUUCCGUGCUGCCGUAUCUGAUAGAUAGAUCACGGUCACAGGAACCCAUUAAAGUAACCCUACAAGUAUCACAUAAAGGAAUUAAAAUUAUACAGGGCUCUUCCAAACAUUUUAUACCACACAGUGCCAUAACCAGUUCGGUUCAGACAGAUGAUAUAGUCGCCUGCGUAUUGUUGCUAUAUAACCCCAUAACCAAGUGUCCACUGCAUGUACAUGCCUAUCGCUGUGAUUCGGAAACCACAGCCGAGGCUCUAAAUCAACAGCUGCAGAUUUUAAUAAAUCGUCCCGAAAAUCAAAAACGUUUUGAAGAACUGGAAUCAAGAUUGGGCAUCAUCCCGGGCAUGCCCGCGGCCAAAAAUUCCAGUCAUGAUGAUUUGUUGCACAACAACAAAAAGGAAUCAGCACAACAUCAUUCACAACAACAACAUUCCAGAUCACGACAUGAAGCACCACCCAAACGCCUACUCUCCUCCAUGGGUAGCGAUACGGGCAAUAGUACUCGUGAAUCGGAGGGUAGUGAUGAUAUAAAUGGCAAUUCUCCAAUGUCACGUUCACCAUCAGGCAUCAAGCCUCCAUUGCCUUUACCGGCCCAAAACAACGAACUAUUUGAUUCAUUGGCAGCAGAAUUGCGUGCCAAAUUGAAUGGCAAUGGUCCACCGUUGUUGUUGCCACCAAGAGAUUAUGAUACGGUGCAUAGAUCUAAGGGUAAUCUGGCAGCUAUCGAAUUGCGUAGAUGCCGUAAUUCGUUGAUUGUUGGCAGUGACAGACCGGCUGCAUCGCCAAAUAUAUCGGCGGGUAGCAAUGUUGGCGGUGGUGGUAAACAGGUUUCAUCACGCGGUUCUUCUGGUAUUGGCUCGGAUUUGGCACCUAGUCCCGAACGUCAGGACAUAAAUAGUUCAAGUGACGACGACCACUGGAGCAAUGAAGCCGACAAUUCAGUCAUAGCCCUGAAACCAUCACAAAUAGCAAUGGAACGUUCGGCCCCAAUAAGUCAACAUCAUGUAAAUUUGUCACGCAAAAAUGCUGUACACCCACGGGAUGAUGGCUAUCUGAGAGAUUUGCCUGCCAAGCCAUAUACACCACGCAGUGCUGCUGCCACUAAACCCGAAAAGGUGCCCAUUAUUGAACGAGAUGUAAAUCGUUCAAAAACUCCAGCUUCCAAUUCAUGGUGCCGCGAAGAUGAAAUUAAACCCAUCAUUGUUAGACCCACAAAUUAUGAUUCGAAAAUUAAUCGAGUUUUACAAAGUGAACAACAAUUCGCUCACGAAGAUAAGGGCCGAUCCAAGCUACACGAAGAUCGUAAAAAUGCCUAUCUUAAUCAUGUGGAAUCAGCUGAGCAACGUUUUAAAUCAAAAUCAAGCAAAAAUCUCGAUGAUUACAUUGAUGAUGCUGAUGGUCCAUUACCCCUCGGACAUUCCAGUUAUCAUCGCAAGGAGAAUCUAACCGAUAAACAAAAAUACAUUGAAUAUUCCAGCAAAUCUAAGCCAUUGCCAACAAAAAGUUAUGCCCAUGAAGAGGUCCAACGUUAUGGUGGCAAACACCGUUAUGUUGACCCGGCUGAUUUACCAUUUGAACAAAAUACCAGCAGUUCCGGAAAAUAUGGUAACUCCUAUCAUCGUGAAUCCAAUUCACCCGAACACUCUGAAUUAAGUCAUCGUACUGCCGAACGUCCUGGUGCCAGAACCCAUGAACGUCGUGAGACCGAAAGAUUAAGACAUCGUUCACAUGAACGUGAUCCUGAACCAGAACAUCAUUCAUCACGUGGCGAUAGGGAACAUUUGUCACGCAGCAAAGAACGUAACCCCUACAGGGAACCGGAAAGUAUUCCCUACAUUGAAAGUAUGGAGAAACUAAUGAAGUCCACUGCCAUGCGUUAUAAAUCGUACGAUAACAGUGCCGAUAUAAAUGUACCACGGUCAAAGGAACCUCUGCAGAGUAAACUGAGUCAACGCAGCAAAACCCAUUCACAUCACGAUGAGGACCCUGAUUUCAGUUAUAACAAUGGCUAUCCUGCCCAUGGCCACAGGUCGGCAGUUCGUGCUGAAUAUGAAAGCUCCUCGAACAAGGAUCGUUUCAAAGAUGCCAAGGAUAAAUUCCGUUCCAUGGAAAGGUCGGGAAGAUCAGGUUAUGAUAUGCCCGAUGAAAAAGAACCCCUAGAAUAUAAAUCCCGUCAAAGGGGUCCUUCCACUACACCGGAACACACAACACGACCCUAUGACGAUUGGAGUGAUGAGGAGCAUGUAUAUGAUAGUCCACCACCAGAGUUUCGUUCACGUUCCCGAUCACGUGAUCAAUGGUUGGAUCAUGGUAGAUCAAAGGCAGCACCACAACAGGUCUUACCACACCUAGAGGUGGGAGGACGUGGUGGUCACAUGCGUGGCGAUACUCGUAAUCGGGAUCCAUCUUCCAAACGGGGUGAAUCACGUAAUCGCUUGGAUAGUGGUGAAUACCGAGAUGAUAUUCCACCACCUUCAUCACGUUAUCGUGAUGAAAUGCCACCACAAUCGGCACGUUAUCGUGAGGAGCGUAUACGUGAUCAUUCACGGGAAUAUUCCAGCAGGCGUGAUUACACACCGGAAAGAGGUCAUCAACAGCGCAUCGAAUCAUCACAUUAUCCAGCACCAGCCAAUGGUAAAGUUUCGCCACCCGGCAGUGGUUUGGGUAUGCCAACAUCAGCGGCGCAACAUGGUGGCAAAGGUAGCAGCAGUGUCGGAGGUGGUGGUGGCGGCAUAUCGAGCAUGGCAAAAGGUUAUCGUCAUAGUUAUGCUGAACCGGUAUUUUCACGAUCAGCUGGUCGUGUGGGUCUAGCAGCAGUUAAUCCUUAUUAA